AUCACUCGAACGCUGUCGGGUUUCGGUGAAGGCGGUUCUCAGGUGGAUGUAGUGCUUGUGUUAAUUUUGGAGAAAAAGAACGACGCGCAGAAAAAUAAAUUGUUAGUUUAAGAAGAUAAAAGUCUUUGGUAUGGAGGGGAGGAUUUCUGCUUUGACUCUGACUCUGUGUCUGGUGUGGUCAAGUGUUGGUGCCAUUACUGUGACCAUCCCACAGGCGUCAUAUGAGUUUAAAAGGGGUGAUAACAUCACACUGCCCUGUACCUUUAAAACAGUAACCGGCAAAAUAAUCACCAUCAAAUGGUCUCUUAGGCCUGUUCAAGCUGAAGACACAGAGACCGAGAUUGCCAUCUACUAUUCUGCUGAUGAAAGUGUUGAAACUGGACAAGACUAUGCAGGUCGGGCGUCGAUGGACGUAGACAUCCCCACUGGAAGGGCCAACCUGAAGCUGAACUCCAUUUCACUUGCAGACAACAGGGUGUUUGAUUGUCAUGUCCAGGCAAAGGGUGACAUGACUGGCAAGCCAGAUGCAACUACACGUUUGGUGGUUCUAGUGCCUCCGUCUCCACCCAUGUGCAAGAUCCAGGGUACGGCAGAGUAUGGCGAGAACAUCAACCUGACCUGUGUGUCUCAGGAAGGCUCCCCGCCACCCACUUAUAAAUGGGACAGUCGUGAUGUACAGAACAACCCUCGUGUUCCAGACCCCAAGACCACUGACAAGGACGGAAUCCUGUCUUUAUACAAUAUCUCAAAAGACGCAUCAGGAUUCUACAUCUGCACCUCAUCCAACAAGAUGGGCAGGGCUAACUGCAACAUAACCCUCUCAGUCAUGCCACCUUCCAUGAAAGUUGGCGCCACUGUAGCAAUCAUUGCUGGAGUUGCCGCCGCCUUGCUGGCACUUGCCCUCAUCAUCUAUUGCUGCUGCUGCCGGAAGAAGAAGAACAAAGAGGAGGAGUAUGCCAUGGGAGCUCGUGAGGACGAGUUCCACGACCAAGAGCUGGCUAAAAAUAGUGAGAGUCGCCAAGCUGAUGGGCAGGAGAAUAUACACAGUUCUGAGAACUCCACUGUGAAAAGCGCUGCUGAUCGGCAUGAUGAGCAUGAGGAACAGAGUGAGAGGGGUUACGACCGGCGCAGGGACGAUGAUGAUCGGCUCAGGGUCUACGAUGACCGGCGCAGCGACUACGAUGACCGGCGCAGCGACUACAGUGAUCGUCGCAGUCCCUCCGGCAAUCGACGUAGCGACUACGAUGAUCGACGCAGUGACUACUCCGACCGCCGUGACAAGUACAGUGACCGUCAUGAGCGCUACGAUGACGAUCGCCGCUAUGAUGACCGUGAUCGUGACAGACCACCUGUACCAACCAGUAAGCCACCAAGAAGGAACUACGACGACUAAGAUUUUCAACCUAUAUCAAUCACCGUUGUCCAAUUCUGCUUUAUUUGUGCUGACUUUCCUCCAAUGUCAGCCAGUUAUCACACACUCAAGGUGUGACUUAUAGUAACUGGCCCAAACAACGGUUUGCCUCAAUAGACUUGGCUGUUACAUAAUUGGCUCAAAAAACUGGUGCACAAGAUUUAGGAGAAAGUGUAAUAUGCUUUUAUAUGUUUAUCAAAUGGAGCAGGUUUUUUUUUUAAAUAUAUAUCACAUUUGAGUCAUUGGAGUGGGGUCAUUAAUUACAUUCCCUCCCACCUGCUCAUUCAGCUUCAUGAACGAGCAUCAUAUGCACAGGGAAAAAUCCCUACUUCUUUUUUUUUAAGCACAUUAAGAAAAUGGUGGGAAAUGAACAGUCAUUUCCCAGGUCCCCCAGUGCAAAUGAUUUUAUGGAAUAAAGUUUCACAUUCUAAAGCAAUAUAUUUGUCUCAUAUAGCUACUAUAAUCUAACAAGUUAACCAGCUUGCUUCUUUGACUGCUUUUGCUCCUUUACAAACAUUUGAUUGUCCAGUCUUAAUUUGUUU